AUGGCCUUGCCACCCUCUCUGAGGACAUCAGUCACUCCCGCAGAACUGGAGUUCAUAGCUUCUGAGCAGCUGGUGGAGAUUGUCCCCCUCGUCGCAAUGGAGCGGACAGCGUUCAUUUCAGGAGCGUAUGGGCCUCUGCGUCCUCCUGCCAAAUGCAAAGUAGCGAUCUGGAUAGCUAAGAAUCUCAAACUGAAGAAGAAAUGCCACAUCAUGCCUCCGGCCUGGCUGAACGUUGACUUCUUGCAGGAUUGUCUAGCGCGCGAAACGAGCCAGCCGGAGUUCAGCGAGCUGCCGUUCCGCUUUGUGGAGAUUGCGAAGAUGUUGUUGGACGUCGCUCCGGAUGAUGUCUCAAACCCAGACAAGAUUCGGUCACUAUUGCAAGACAUUCGAGAGGCUCGGCAGGCGAAGAGUCAAGAAGGUCUCUCCAAGCUUGAUCACAGUGAACUGAGCUUACCCAACCUGUGCUCCAUGGAGAUCAACGAGAUCCGACCAUUCUUUGUGCGCUCUAUGGGUAUCCUCACACAGCUCGUGAGGGAACCAGAAGCACAGCAGGAGGACCAGUUCGAGCAGUAG